AUGGUACGUCUAAAGUAUGGUUAUAUUAAAGCUAACUCACAUUAGCCUUACUCUAGUCCUGCCCUAGCCAUACUCUUGUUCUACUCUUGCCUUUACCCCGUUCCGAACCUGCCGCCUCAGCCUUAUUUAUCCUAGCCAUGCAACUUUAGUAGCAUCACAACCGCAGGUAAUCUCAGCCUUACUAGGAACCUACCGAAAAAAUUAAAUGUAAGAUUAUAACAUAGACUUACUAUACAAGUAAUAUCUAAAUAAAAAGAAAGCAUAACAAGAAAACAAACUACCAAAUCAUUUAGUUAUACAAUUUUUAAUGUGUUAUUUAGCCUACUUUCUAAACUUUGCGUGCUUGCAUGCUCAAAAUUCCGUAACAGCCUUGGUUAUUGUAGACGUAUGCUAUAAUACAAACUCCGCAUUCUCACUAAUAAGUUGCGGUUUUUCACAACAUAGACGUAAACUAACUAUAAAUUACUCACAACCAAUUAAAAAUUUUUUUAAAAUAAAUGUUAUUAAAAUGACGCAUAUCACUUUAAAAAAAGAGGAGGAGGAUUGGGAGGAGGAGAGUAAAAAUCUGGUUACUGCCCUGCUCCCCUUUAUUACUCAGCUACGCCCACACUAGUCUCACCUAGCCCAGCCCAGCCCAGCCCAGACCAGCCCAGCCCAACCCAGCCCAGCACAGCCCAGCCCAGCCCAGCCCAGCCCAGCCCAGCCCAGCCCAGCCCAGCCCAGCCCAGCCCAGCCUCAGCCCAGCCCAGCCCAGCCCAGCCCAGCCCAGCCCAGCCCAGCCCAGCCUAAUCCAGCCCAGCCCAGCCCAGCCCAGCCCAGCCCAGCCCAGCCCAGCCCAGCUCAACCUAGCCCAGCCCAGCCCAGCCCAGCUCAAAGCAGAACAGAGCAGACUAAAUCAGUUUAGACCAGCUCAAAGCAGAACAGAGCAGACUAAAUCAGUUUAG